CAAAGGGAUUUAUCUUUUAUAUAUAAUAUUAAUAUAUCCCACAUCCAAACAGAUCGCCGUUCCACCCAAAUUCUCAAACCCCAUCAAAAUCAAACAAAAAAAAAAAUCUCUCAUUUUUCAAUUUCUCAACAACGAUGUCGAAUCCGAGAUUGCAUGGAAAAGUAGCUCUUAUAACCGGCGGCGCCAGCGGGAUCGGCGAGGAAACGGCGAGAGUAUUCGCAGCAAACGGCGCGAUCGUAGUAAUCGCCGACAUCCAAGACGAUUUAGGCGAAAGAAUCGUGGCAGAAAUCGGCGGAAACAACGCGAGUUUCCACCACUGCGACGUUAGAAACGAGGAAGACGUAGAAAAAACCGUGAAGUUCACGGUGGAAAAACACGGCGGAUUAGACAUUCUGUUCAGCAACGCGGCGGUGAUGGGCCCACUCGCCGGAAUCUUGGAACUAAACAUGGAGGAAUUCGAGAACACGAUGAGAAGCAACGUGCAAGGCGUGACAGCCACGAUAAAACACGCGGCACGUGCGAUGGUGAAAAGCAAGAAACGUGGGUCGAUUAUUUGCACUUCCAGCGUGGCGGCCACGUUGGCUGGGGUGGGGCCGUUUGGGUACACGGUGGCGAAAAAUGCGGUGGUGGGAGUGGUGAAAGCGGCGUGUGGGGAGUUAGGGAAAUACGGGAUUAGAGUGAACGGAGUUUCGCCGUACGGCGUAGCGACGCCGAUGACGUGUCGGAGUUAUAAUAUGAGUGUGGAGGAGGCGGAGGAAAGUACAAGUGCGUUGGCGAAUUUGAAAGGGAUUGUUUUGAAUUGUCGACAUGUCGCUGAGGCUGUUUUGUUUUUGGCGUCCGAUGAGUCGGCUUAUGUUAGUGGACAUAAUUUAGCAAUUGAUGGUGGAUUUACUGUGGUUUGUGCUGCUACUAAUUCCAAUUCUACCCUUUGAAAUUUCCAACAUAACGGGGAUAUUUUUAACGGAAUUUUAAAUUCUAUAUUUGAAUAAGUGGUGUGUGAUUAAUGUUCUAGAUUUAGCUAUGUUUUUCAUUUUUGUGAUGAGGAUAUGUUAUGUUCUUAUAA